AUGGAAGUUCCCAAAAUCCAGCGCGUCGCCGUUGUCGGCGCCGGCGCUAGCGGCAUACUCUCUGCUGCGCAUCUCAUCGCCGCUGGCCUCGAUGUGGUCGUCUUUGAGAGAAACAGCGGCCCUGGAGGGGUCUGGCUGUAUGAUGAGCGGAAAAUCCCCAGGCUGGCAUAUCCUUCCACCAAGGCAUCUCGGGCAGAUGUACAGGUCGGAGAGAAACUGGCAGACGAUGAGGCUUUGAUCAUGCACGCACCACCAGGACCUUGUUACCGUAAUCUCAAGACCAACGUUCCCACGCCGCUGAUGGAAGUGACACUGCUGGCAUGGCCGCCAUGCACUCCCGACUAUGCUGACCACCACCUUGUCCAGCAAUACCUCUACAGUAUCUCGAUGCAGAAAAAGGUACACGAGGCUACAUCUUACGGAGCCCGAGUGCAGAAGGUGGAAAAGAAGGAGGACGGUUGGCUUGUUAUGUGGACAAGCCUUCAAAGCAAUGAGGAGUCCUUGGUGAUUGAAAAAGAGAGCGCUUCUUGUUUUGAUGCAGUGGUCGUUGCCAAUGGGCAUUAUCAUGCUCCUCGUAUUCCGGAUAUCCCCGGCCUCUCGCAAGCCAAACAAAGAUAUGGCUCUCGAAUCAUGCAUUCAAAAGAGUAUAGAAGGCCAGAGGAUCUGAAAAGCAAGACAGUACUCAUGAUUGGCGGGGGAGUAUCGUCAGUCGAUAUAGCCACGGAUAUAAGCCCGUUUGCCAACAGCAUCUAUCAAUCCACGAGAAACAGCCAUUUCGAUCUAGACGCCGGCAUGCUUCCCAGGAACGCUACGCGUGUUGAUGAGAUAGCACUAUUCGAGAUUCAUGACGACAACGACACGCUCUGUGCAGACGAUCCGCUACCCGUUUCGUGUCACUUAGACUAUCACAGCGAUGAGACUCGGCCAGAAAACGCAAGCGACAGGAUCCUCGUUAGCGAUGGCACGCAGGUACAUAAUCUCCACAAAGACAUGUUCUACAUCCACGAUCCAACCUUGGCCUUCGUGGGACUUCCUUACUACACAUUUACAUUUUCCGUCUUUGACUUCCAAGCCAUUGUGGUCGCGCAGGUGCUUUCGGGCCUCGUCGAACUGCCGACAAAAGCAGAAAUGAGGAGUGAAUACGAAGCCAAGGUUCUGCAAGUUGGUCACGGUAGGAACUUUCACUCCAUUCAUGGCAAGGAGGAGGCGUAUGUGGCCGACAUACUGUCAUGGGCAAAUGCAAAUAGAGUACGUCGGGGCCUCAAUCCGAUAGCAGGCUUCCCCCCCAAGUGGUACGAGGCGAAAGAGGCGCUGAGAAGGAAAUUUCGCCAAGAUGCGGAGAAGCGAGCCUCUGAAGCAUGGCCAAUGUGA